AUGCUUGAGCCCUCACGGGUAGCGGAAGAAACUGGCUACGAGCGACCAGACAAGCAACAAAGAGCACUUGCAGCUGGCUUUGCUGACACAUCGGCUUUCGAGGACAAUGACUUCCCAGGACCACUGGUGCUUCCGAAUGAUGCAAUUGACUCUGAUCCAAAGUAUCCUCUGCAAAGUUUUGCGGAUUGGAAAAAGCUCAUUACGCCGACGGCUGCACCGCUGCAGAGGAAGAAGAUCUAUAUCGCAGCUCCACCGGGGCGUACUAAGCACUGUCCACGACUUUACGAGAUGCAAUGGCCGCAUAAAGAUCACUCGCCGCCACAAAGUGUGCAUGUAUUGGGAUAUUUGGCUGCAUUCUACACUGGCUUUGAAGUAGUCGAGCUACCGGAAAACACACUCAUCUUCGACAAAUGGACCGAGGGAGCUGCCUCCUCACCCAGCGACUCUUCUGUCGCGCUCAACACCCCCAAGGAAAGCGUCCGGAUUCGCAAAAGACCGAUGCCGAAGAAUGGUCGUGGUUUCCAACUCAAUCUCAACGUUAUGCUAGACGCUGCAAUUGCGGUACUUCCUAGUGACGCAUUGGCAUUGAUCCUGCUCAUGGAUUUUGACAUGUACGAAGACAAUGACGAUGAGUUUGGUUGCGGACGCGCGUAUGGCGGAAGCCAUGUCUGCAUAGUAUCGAGUUUCCGCUAUAAUCCAUCGCUGGACCGCAGUCUCGAGCUCGAUCGUGAUCAUCUCUGGCCAGCAAGCCAUUGUGCCAAAUACGUCCAGGAGCAGGUUGAUAAGUUCAUCGAACCCGCUGAAGCAGAUCAAGAGUCGAAAGCCACAAAGUCUCUACAACAUUCGGUGCCCCUUGCUAGAGCUAUACGGGCGCAUCCGAGUGGAAAGUCCUCCUCAUACGACAUGUGGCUGGAAAGAAUUUGCCGUACCGCAAGUCAUGAGCUUGGUCAUUGCUUGGGUAUGGAUUAUUGCAUGUACUACGCUUGCAUCAUGCAAGGAAGCAAUUCCAUCGCCGAAGACCUUGGACAACCUCCAUACCCCUGUCCCAUCGACAAUGCGAAACUCUAUGCUCUCAUAGAGAUGAGGGGAGAUGCAGCAAAAGUAGGGAUCCACCGCCAUCGUGUUGGCGAAGGCCCCGAAGCAAUCCUCGCAAAGCUGCAGCCGGCGCUCGCAGAACGCAGCAUAUCACAUCGCGUAGCAAUUAUCGAUAAAGUCGACGACUUUGAAGGAGAAAUCGGCCGCAGUUUUGCAGUGUUGCGUCAGAUUGCUGUGCAAACCAAGAUGGCUGUCACCAAGAAUGAGUUUCCAAUCAUACUUGCUGGCAACUGCAGUUCGUCAGCUGCGGUCUUGGCUGGACUCAAUGCUGCAGGUCUCGAUCAGGAGGACCUCGAUGUGUUCUGGCCCGAUGCUCACGCUGAUACGCAUGUUCCUGAUGACCCUGGUAUCGGCUAUUUCGACAGCAUGGGCAUUGCCAUGUUGACUGGUCUAUGCUGGAAAGGCCAUAUGAACGAUAUUGAAGGACAUAAUCCAUUUCAUUUCUCACGGCUUCACCUUCUUGGCAUCAGAAGCUAUGAAGCAGAAGAGAUGACUCGACUGCACGACCACGAUGCUAGCAUCCUCUUUUUGCGAAGAAGGACACGAGUAUAA